AUGGAUGGGCGUGGCUUAAUGAUCACAGGUAGCCCAAGAUGUGCCUGCUCUGGUCUACCGACAACCUCUUCUGCAAGCACUUAUCCGGCUGCAGAUAAUCGGCUGCGGGUACCUAACGAUACGCACCCAGACAUCGAAGCCAUCGAAAUCAUUCCAUCGAAACUCGGCUGGUUCGUUGUAAAUGGUUUCUUCGCGAUGUUUUAUGAGCCAAUCCAAGAAGAUGUACUCCAGAACCCUGUACAUUACAUGCAGCAAUGA